AUGGCAAAGGUUGGAGAGGGUGAUCCUAGAUGGCUGGUAGAGAACCGUGAGGACGGUACAAACGUUAACAACUGGCAUUGGUCAGAGACUGAUUGUCUUGGAUGGUCCAAGAAGAAGUUCACCACUGCUCUCACUUCAUUGGUCAUCAUCGAUAAUGAUAUCAUGAACAUCACUACUGGCACCAAUGUCACUGUCAGUGGUGAAUGCACAUCAAACAACAGAAAGGGCAAGACUAUCUUCCUCUAUGAUCUGGAGGUCAAGGUAUCUUGGAAGGGUGAGAUGAAGGCUAAUCAAGCAAAGGCUAGCGGAGACUUUGUUAUGCCAUAUAUCAGUGAUGAGAAUGCUGAUGAGUUGACCAAGGUCAAUGUCAGCUUGACUGAGGAAUCAUCAUCAGACACUGACAAGCUGAAGGAUGCUGCAAGGAAGUUUGGUAUCCCAAUGCUUCAAAAGAUUGUUCAACAAUAUGAUGUAGAGCUUAAGCAAGCAUUCACAUUGAAACCACCUGUACAAAAGGCUGCAGCAACUACACAGCCAACUCAAUCGAUCACUCAAACAAGCGCAGCACCUGUGGCAGCAGCAGCACCUGUAGCAGCAGCACCAAAGACAACUGCCAGUACAAAGACACUAAAGAUUAAAGACGAGUUCAAGGCAUCCCCGAUGGACGCAUACGAUGCAUUCGUCAACGUUCAAAAGAUGCAGGCCUACACACAGAGCGACUGUGUGUUUGACAACACAGAGGGCGGCAAGUUCUCCCUGUACGGCGGACACAUCAGUGGCACCAACACCAAGCUGUCACCAGGCGACAAGAUCGUCCAGAAGUGGCGCAUCAGCACCUGGAACGAGAACCACUUCUCCAACGUGACCAUCUCGUUCAGCGUCGCCGACAAGCCGGCCACCGUCGUCGAGAUCGUCCAGACGGGCAUCCCCGUCGAGGAGUACGAGAAAACCGAGGAGGGAUGGCGUCGCAACAUCCUCGAGCGUUUGAAGAUGGUGCUUGGCUAUGGCUCAAAGAUCUAUUCAUAA